AGUUCAUUGAACGCCGUUCCGUCUGGUUUGGGGAGCAUGGCUAUGUGUUUAGGGUAUAUCCCUCAUGAGGCUUGUGAUACCUGUUGCAAAACGAUCCUCUGAAAAGUUAUUCUCACUUUUGUAUCCCCACACCCCGACCCCACUCCGUCCCUGUAGCAUUUGACAAUACCUGGCCCAAGUAGCUUCCAGACGGGCUUUGCAGGAGGUCUCAGAAUCAACCCCUGGGUGUUCAAGAGAACUGCCUUGGCUGGCCUUACUCAGGGCUUUUGCUGAAAAGCUCAUAUUCCUAUGAGAAUCUUAGUUUUUUGUAAAAAUGACUUAGGUUUAGCUUGGACAAACCGCUACAGUCCCUAAAUUAAGGGAAAAUUCAAGCCGGGGGUAAAUGAACGUUUUAAUAGCUUAAGUCAUACUCUGAAACAUGAGUAUUGGGACGCUAGAGAAAGUAUUAUAGAAGAUUGUGCUGAUGCAGGUCACUAGGUGCUCAAGAAGCUUUCUUGGAAGAUACGUAAACAGUUUCAACCCUCCUUAUAACUUGGAAAAAAUGACAGAUCUUGUAGCUGUUUGGGAUGUUGCUUUAAGUGACGGAGUCCAUAAGAUUGAAUUUGAACAUGGAACCACAUCAGGCAAAAGAGUGGUAUAUAUUGAUGGGAAGGAAGAGAUUAGGAGAGAAUGGAUGUUCAAAUUAGUAGGCAAAGAAACCUUCUGUGUUGGAGCUGCAAAGACAAAAGCAACCAUAAAAAUAGAUGCUGUCAGUGGUUUUGCUUAUGAAUAUACCCUGGAAAUUAAUGGGAAAAGUCUCAAGAAGUAUAUGGAGAACAGAUUAAAAACCACCAAUACCUGGAUAUUAUGUUUGGAUGGUGAAGACAUUAGAGUUGUGUUGGAAAAAGACACAAUGGAUGUUUGGUGCAAUGGAAAAAAAAUGGAGACAGCAGGUGAGUUUGUAGAUGACGGAACUGAAACUCACUUCAGUAUUGGCAACCAUGACUGUUACAUAAAGGCUGUCAGUAGUGGGAAGCGGAAAGAAGGCAUUAUUCAUACUCUCAUUGUGGAUAAUAGAGAAAUCCCGGAGAUUCUUUAAUGAAUUUUAAUCUUCAUAAGUAAAGAGCAGGACACUUAAAUUAAUGUGGUAAUUAAGUGUAUUCAUUAUGUAUUUCUCAGUACAGUUAGUCUGCCAUGAUUUCAUUUUUUAGUUUCUUAAAACGAAUGUUCCAAGGGCCAGGAAAAAAAUUAUGUACAAACAGAAAAAUUACCACUUAUUUUGUAAAUAAUGUAAAAUGUUCUAAAGCCAAAUGGAAAAUAUGGACCAAAAAUGCUAAUGUUUUACAUGAGGAGCUUUUACUAUAAUAAAUACU